ACCUCCUCCUGCCCACCCCGCUCCCGCUCCGGAUCCAGCCCCAAGCCCCCACCUCCACUCUCCUUCUAUAUCCGCCGCCACGCCACGCCACGCAUGCCACCUCGGCGAAGCCGCGUCCGCAAGGACAAGCCUCCGGCUGCCGCAACCGCCUCUGCCCCGGCUAUAAAGGCGCGCCCUUUGGUCGUCCGCUCCUCCUCUCUUCGCCCAGGCCAUGCCUCUCGCCUCGAUUCGUCCUCGACUCCUGCCUCUCCUCCUCCCGCGUCUGGUUUCAUCUUGCUCCUCCUCGCUCGUCUUGUCCGUUUAUACUAGAAAGAAUUGCUCGUCCUCGAUUCGUGUGUUUUGAAGCGCGUCUGAUUUGAUUGAUUUUGCUCGUCCUCGGUUCAUCCGUUUAGAUAGAAAUCGCGUCUGGUUUCAUUUUGCUCGUCCUCGCCGUCGCCCGUUUAGCAUCGGUCCCGAGUUGAUUUUGCUCGUCCUCGCUGUCGCCAGUUUAGAGUCGCGUGUGAUUCGAUUCUGCUCGUCCUCCUUGUCGUCCGUUUAGAAUCGCUUCCGAGUUGAUUUUGCUCGUCAUCGCCGUCGUCAGUGUAGAGUUGCGUGUGAUUUGAUUCUGCUCGUCCUCCCCGUCGCCCGUUUAGAUCAGAAUCGCGUCUGUUUUGAUUUUUCUUGUCCUCGCCGUCGUCAAUUUAGAUAGAAUCGCGUCUUGAUUUGAUUUUGCUCGUUCUCAUCCUAGUCCGUUUGGAAUCAUGUCUGAUUUGAUUCUGCUCGAUCCCCUGUGUUGCUGCUGGGUUCUUUACACUGAUGCUCUCGCGUGUUCUUCGUGCCGUCUCAUCGGGGGUAUCCGUGUAGGAAGCGAGCGGUCGGUCGGUUUGGGUCUUCUGGUUUGCGAACUAACAAGUCUGUUUGAGAAACUUCUGCGUGCGCUUCUGUUAUCCGAGAGACGCUCACGUCUUGCUUUUGAAAUUGGAUUGCUGUUUAUCGUGCUCGUUCAGAUCGGUUCCUCUGUUCGGUCACCUGCGCUGUUCGUCGGUUACUUUCAUAUCUCAAACGCAUGCGCCCUUUGAUGCUACUUGAUGGAUGUUCGGAUCUCAAAUGUUGCGUUGUUCAGAUCGGUUAUUUUGAUUGAAAUUGGAUUGUUGGCCAUCUGUCGAUUCUCAUUCUACUUGAUGGAUGUUCAGGGUGUUACUAUGUUAUUUUCAAUUGCUUACUUCUUGUCAUGCUUUGCUCAUGUUCCCAUAUAUGGUGAUGUGUAUUAAGGGGUGCAAACCAUUUAGACAGAAAGUUUUACAAGAGUGCAAACCAUGUGGCCUUCUUUUCUUCCUCAUGUUGCUAUUUCCAUUUAACUGAUCAUGAUACGAGUACUAGAUGAGGUGCUGCUAGUUAGUUCCCCUUAGACUUUGUUCUAGAUAAAAGAGCAUAACUCCAGAAUUUUGUCAUUACACACCUGGGCAUAUAAUUCUGCUGUGAGCAUAACUCCAGAAUUUAUUUAUCUGUGAAAGUUUGUUCAUCACAUGUUUUUUUAUCAAUGCUGCUAACUUUAUAGCUUUCUGAGAUUACUUCGGGCUUGCAUGUAUUAGCUUUCUGUUUGUGCCCCUAUCUAAGUAUGUUUCUUGUGUGCAAGCGCUCCAUUCUGUGUGUGUCUGUGUGUGGCUUGAUGGUGAAUAUAUGUGGCUUGACUGUGUGUGUGUGUGGCUUGAUUGUGUGUGUGUGUGUGGCUUGAUUGUGUGUGUGUGUGGCUUGAUGGUGAAUAUGUGUGGCUUGACUCUGUGUGUGUGUGGCUUGACCGUCUGUGGCUUGAUGGUGAAUUUGUGUGUGGCUUGACUGUGUGUGUGUGACUCUGUGAAUAUUGCAUUUGCUUGAUGGUGUGGCUUGUAUGCUUUGUUGAAUGAUUGGUUGUAUAACUUGUGUUUUAUAUUGUUGUGGCAUGAUUGAUUGCUGUUUGUUGAAUGCGAACUCGUAUCUUGACGAAUAAUCAUGUAUGCUAACUUGGUAUUGGUAGUUCCUGAUCACCUAUUACUUGUAUAGUGUAGACUGACUAUUCUUUUUUUAAAACUUUUUUGUGAUUAUGUCUUCACAUUGCACUGCUCGAUCCAUAUCGACAUGCCCACGCUGUCUGAUGAGGAUAAAGAUGUUAUGAGAAAAAUAGGGUUCCCCAACCAAGAUUGACUUCCUCUCUCUUUCUUAUACAAGGCAUGCAGAAGAUGUGUGGCAAGUAUGGGAGUUCCUCUCAAAGUUAGGUGAUCUUAGCCAAACUCUGAUUUUUGCCAAAAUUGAGAAUGUGGAGGGCUUGAACCAUUUUGAUGAGAUCCUGGAAGAAGCAGAUGGUAUAAUUCUGUCAAGAGGAAACUUUUGGAAUUGAUCUUCCACCUGAAAAGGUGUUCUUAUUUCAGAAGUCUGCUCUGCACAAGUGCAACAUGGCUGGAAAGCCUGCUGUUGUUACUCAUGUUUUGGUCAGUAUGACGGACAACCUAAGGCCUGCUCGCGCGGAGGCAACUGAUGUGGCAAACGCGGUGCUGGACGGUUAGUUUUUGCCUCUUGCUGAUAUCUUAUACUUUGGUGAUCCUGUAAGUUUUUGCCUCUUGCAGAAUCCAAUGAAAGUUCUGAUUCUGAAAGCUCUGACUGAGAAGCCAGCUACCGAAGUGAAGAAUUCUGCGGGUUGCUACUGCACAAAAGAAAAAGCAGGAAUUGGACGGCUCUGACAGUGAUUCUGAUGAUUCAUCAGAUGAGGAUAGCCACUAAAAAACCAGUAGCCAAGAAAGUAGUAGAAUCUAGUGAAAGUUCUGAUUCUGACUCUGAGGAGGAUACCACUGCUAAACCAGUUAAGAAGAAUAAAGAAUCUAGUGAUAGCUCAGAUUCCGACUCAGAUUCAGAUUCUGAAGAAGAUACCACUGCUAAAACAGUUUCUGUAAAGAAAGAAGAAUCUAGUGGUAGCUCAGAUAAUGACUCGGAUUCCGAUUCUGAUGAACCAGCAAAAUCUACUAUUCCUGCUAAGAGGCUUCUGACAACAGAGAAAAAGAGUGAACAUUCCAAGGAUGAUUCUGAUGAUAGUUCUGAUGAGAGUGAUGAAGAGCCUGCACUAAAGAAGCCUAAGGAAUUUUUGGUGUUUGCUUUUUCAUCUGAAGAUUUUGGUCUCUUAGGUUGCCAAGAAAGAAAGCAGUGGUGAUGACGACAGUUCUGAAGAGAGCUCCAGCAGUGAUGAUGAAAACGAUCAAUCGGUGUCAAUGUGAAAGUCCAAGCAAAAUCAAGAACGAAGAUCUGAAUCACCCUCACCCCUCUAGAGAAAUCAGUUUACUCAUUCAAGUUCUGGAAAUUCUUUAUAGCUUUCUGAGUUUACUUCGGUCUUGCAUGUGUUAGCUUUCCAUUUGUGCCCCUUGCUUUGUCUGUUUCUUGUGUUCAAGCGCUCCAUUCUGUGUGUGUGACUGUGUGUGGCUUGACUCUGUGUGUCUGGCUUGACUCUCUGUGUGUGUGUGUGGCUUGACUAUGUGUGUGACUGUGUGGCUUGAUUGUUUAUGUGCUUGACUCUCUCUGUGUGUGUUUGUGUGACUCUGUGUGAAUAUUGCAUUUGCUUGAUGGUGUGGUUUGUAUGCUUUGUUGAAUGAUUGGUUGUGUAUAAUUUGUGUUUUAUAUUGUUGGGGCCUAACACUGCCUUUGCCGGUCCCAAGCCCGGAUGUGAAAAUGUGGAGGGAGCUGCAGUUACCUCCUUUGUAUUGUUUGCAUUACGAGUGUCGAUAGAAAUUACACAGUCUAGGUUACUGUCCUAAUCGAAUAGUGAAUCUUCACAUAAUUUCUUUGCAUGUGAUUCCUUUCUGAAGUUGUACGAGGUCAGUGUUUUUCUUAUACGAUACCAAAGGGAAGCGACUGUGUGUGGCUUGACUCUCUCUCUCUUUCUCUGUGUGUGUGGCUUGACUGUGUGUGUGACUGUGUGUGGCUUGAUUGUUUGUGUGCUUGACUCUCUCUGUGUGUGUUUGUGUGACUGUGUGAAUAUUGCAUUUGCUUGAUGGUGUGGUUUGUAUGCUUUGUUGAAUGAUUGGUUGUGUAUAACUUGUUUUAUAUUGUUGGGGCCUAACACUGCCUUUGCCGGUCCCAAGCCCGGAUGUGAAAAUGUGGAGGGAGCUGCAGUUACCUCCUUUGUAUUGUUUGCAUUACGCGUGUCGAUAGAAAUUACACAGUCUAGGUUACUAUCCUAAUCGAUAGUGAAUCUUCACAUAAUUUGUUUGCAUGUGAUUCCUUUCUAAAGUUGUACGAGGUCAGUGUUUUUCUUAUAUGAUACCACAGGGAAGCGAGUAACUAAGAAUCUAGGCCUAUAAGGGUUUGAUUUUUCUCCCUUUUUCUGAAAUUUUUUACGGUGCCUUGUCAGCAUGACGUGUAUGGUGCUUUGUUUUACUUCUGUGUGUGAAUUUUGAUUGUUUCCAUCAUAGGUGACAUGUGCUUUCUGGUUUUGACUGUUUCUCCUUGUUUGCCACGUAUCAUAUUUGUAUAUCAGUUUGUUUGGGCUGAUUUUUCUGGGCUCUUCCGGUGGUACGGGUGUGUUCCUUUCUUUUUUCUUCUGCUGCCUAUAAAGUCCUGGCGUUAGAUCUUCUGGUCGAUCUGUUCUAAGUCACUCUGAAUAUAUUCCUGAUGCUGCUUCUGGCGGUGGAUCUUCUGGUCGAUCUGUUCUAAGUGCCGCUCAAUAUGUUCCUGGUACGUUUUGCUUGAUUUAUUUUUUCUGUUUUGUAUGGUUUUCUGUGGUUAGUUUUGGAUCCUAAUGAAGCGCCCCGGCGUCGGCAUGAGAUUCGACAUGGGAAGCAUCCUAUUUAUUAACCACGGUCCAUUGGCUGGAGUCAAGGAAAUUCUCAAGCAUAAAACGGCAUCUUCUUACUCGGCGUGCUUUUAAAGGAGAAGUUGGUAUUGAAUUUAUGGAUCUGUAUAGCUACCUGAUCCCGGUAUAUGAAAUUGAGCCUCUUGAGAAAUUACUGAUGAUGCUGCAGACAAAAUUGUCCAAUACUUGUGGUGUUAAGGGGACAAACGUUACCUCUUCCCAAAUUGUAUAAGGCCUGCUGAUUCAGAACCACCUCCACAUUACUUGUUUACAAGUGGUGCCAAGGUAUAAAUAAUUUGCAGGACAUAUGGGACACUAGCGAUGGGCUUCUUCUUAUGGUCUAAUUAUUAGUGUAGUGCAUAUUACACUAUUAAUCUGCCCUAUUGUGAUUCACUUGCAUGCAAAAAUCUGCCCCUAAUGAUUUAUUUCAGUA